GGUUUCUCUACGCUCAUAUGAAAAUAGAUGUGUCAUUAGGGGUAAUUUAGUUACAAUGAUUGGAUGCGUAGUAGGCCGUGAAUAUGUUCGCUUCCGGGAAUAGCCGCCUGUUCCUUGAAAUACGGACAACAUAUUCAAAUCUCGGAAAAGUACAGAGACCAAACUCUUGAGAUAUUCUGGAGGACACAAAGUCAAGUGGACUUCUCCCCGCAUUCCCGUAAUCCUAAGAUACCCACCCCGCCUUACAAGAUGGGUAUCAACGUGUACCCUCACCCAGAACCACAAUUCAUCCACUUCCCGAGUCGUCGCUCGGUCGUUCACAGUACCAAAGGCAUUGUAUCAAGCACUCAACCUCUUGCCUCUGCUGCAGGCAUCGAAAUCCUGAGAAAAGGGGGAAAUGCAGCUGACGCAGCAGUAGCCGUAGCAGCGGCCAUAAAUGUCACCGAACCAGGCUCCACGGGCAUCGGCGGUGACCUGUUCUGCUUGUUCUACGAUGCCAAGACGAAGAAGGUGCAUGCAUUGAAUGGUUCCGGAAGAUCUGGACAGAAUGUCACGCUUGAGCGAAUCCGAAAAGACUUGAAUAUUCCAGAUGGGGAGAGCGGUCAUAUACCCCUGGACAGUGUCCAUGCUGUGACUAUUCCUGGAGCGGCUGCGGGUUGGGUAGAUGUGGUGGAGAGGUUCGGCAGCGGAAAAGUCACGCUUGAGGAGGUUCUUCACCCGGCGAUAGAGUUGGCGGAGAAUGGGUUCGCAGUGUCUGAACUCUCAGCUACUUUUUGGGCGGCCAGUGAAUCACAGAUCAAACGAGCAUCUCCAAAUGGGGCGGAGAUGUUGAAAAAGGACCCGUCAGCAAAAGACGGAUGCAGAGCCCCCAAAGCAGGAGAGGUAAUGAGAAUGCCCACUCUAGCACAUACCUUCAGGCUCCUCGGCAAGCAUGGCAAGAAAGGUUUCUACGAAGGCGAAGUGGCAGAACAGCUCGUGAAGGUGGUGUCAGAUCUGGGAGGUCACAUUACCAUUGACGACCUCAAGCAUCAUGGAGAAACUGGAUCAGAACCUGUUGAUCCUAUUUCCUUGAAGUUUACAGGGCAAGGUGUGGGCGAAGCUACGGAAGGCCACGGGAUCGAACUCUGGGAACACCCUCCCAAUGGCCAGGGUAUCGUUGCUCUCAUGGCACUCGGCAUACUUCAAGAGCUCGAGAAGCAAGGCAAGAUUCAGAAGUGGUCGCACAAGGACCACAACAGCACGCCGCAUCUCCACGCUGUCAUCGAAGCCCUCCGCAUUGCCUUUGCCGACGCGCACUGGUUCGUCACCGAUCCCAAUGUCGUCAAAGUCCCCUCUGCCGAACUCAUCUCCCCUGAAUAUCUUGCUGAACGAGCUAAGCUCUUCGACCCGAAGAAAGCUGCUUCUGCACCCAUCCACGGCUCACCAGCACACCUUCAGAGCGACACGGUGUACUUCUGUGCCAGCGACUCCGAGGGCAAUGCCAUCUCCUUCAUCAACAGCAACUACGGUGGUUACGGCACAGCCAUCAUCCCCAAGGGCUGCGGAUUCACUCUGCAAAACCGAGGCGCAAACUUCAGUCUCACUCCUGGGCAUCCCAAUGUGCUUGCUCCGCGCAAGAGGCCCUAUCACACGAUCAUCCCUGGUCUGAUUGCGUUUGCCAAGGACCAGUCUCUUCACAGUGUCUUUGGCGUCAUGGGUGGCUUCAUGCAGCCUCAAGGCCAUGUCCAGGUGCUGUUGAAUCAGGAGGUUUUCAAGCUUCAUCCGCAAGCUGCGCUUGAUUCGCCGAGAAUCUGCAUCGGAGGCGGUAUGCCAGGCGAUGAUGGGAAAAUGACUGAUGCGACCAUUUACAUCGAGGAGGGAAUCGAUGAGAAGGUUGUGAAAGAGUUGGCGGAGCUAGGCCACAGUGUGAAGCAAUUGAAGGGAUACGGAAGGGGAAUGUUUGGCAGAGGCCAGAUAAUCAGACAGCAUUUCGACGAUGGAGUUAGGGUGUGGAGUGGAGCUAGCGAUUUGAGGGGUGAUGGUGCGGCGGUGCCCCUAUGAGGAACUCGGGAGAAGUAGACUCAGUGGUGACGAUAAUCAGCAUUACUGCAUUGACCGAUGAUCAUCGGCGCAAACACAAAAG